CUCUCGUCUACUUUUUCUCCACGAUUGUAAAAAGAACACUAAACCGUGGUAUUUUUGCGCGGUCUGCAUAUACAUUUACAAAGGAGGACAGAGAUGGUUAAACGGAAGCGCGAGAAUCCCCUUUGGGAGCUCGACCUGCUUGAAUCAAAAGCUGCAGCGUUAUCAUCUAAUGGCGCGAACGGGAACAUCAAGAGGACUCGAUUGGUCCGUACGAAGCUUGCGGUCGAGAGAAUGAAGAAGAAACAGGCAGGCAAGAAUCAGAAUGAGGAGGGUCUGACUACGAAUGGAGAGAUCGAGCAGCGGACGAUCGAGUUGAAGCGCAAGUUGGUCGAGCAGAGGGUUUAUUACUGGACGAAGGAACUUGUUCGGGGGGUGAAGAAGGCGAAAACUUCUGAGACGCAGAAGAUCGUCAGAAAGCUGAAGGAUGCGAGAUCGAAGGAUUCGAAUGAUUUAGUCGCGAAGCACGAGAGAGAACUACGACUCAUCAAGGCUCUGGAUCCGUCAGCCGUCGCUUCUUCGCACCUGCUGAAAAAGCUGCAAAAGGAGAAGUUUCUUGUCGAGUCAAAUUUGCUUCCAGAGUCACCGCCUUUCUUGAAACCUGAGAAUACAGUGCUGAAGCUGGAGGACCGGCUGAAGAGAAACAAGACUGAAGAGCCCGAGAUCGAUCAGAAGAAGGAAGAGGAUGUUCGGUUAGAUAUCAUCGCGAGGCUGUUCCGAGUGAAAGCUGUUCAAGCCAUCAUAACUAGCGGAAUCGAAGGAAUAUCUACUGCGGUUGAGACAGCUCUUAACACGAAGCGAAAGAAAAAGAAAGAACCAAAAGUCCCUGCUACGGCAGAGAAGGAAGAGGUCGCUGACGACAACGACGACGACGAUGAGGAUUCUGGAAACGAAGCCGAAGAGGAUGACGGUAGCGAUGACGAAGACGAGCUGGAUAUGGAACAUUACGCAGGCUUGGUUGCCAAUAGUGACGAAAGUGAUGAUGAGAAUGAUUCAGGCGACUCAGAAGAUGCACCUAUAGAUUAUAACGAAAUUUCGAGCGAAGAACCUUCUGACGACGAACUGGAAUACGAGUCUCCCCAGUCCGAAAGUGACGACGAGGAGAGUCUCCAAAAACAGAAAAAGGCGGCAAAAGCAGAGAAGAAAGAGAAGAAAGAGAAGAAAGAGAAGAAGCUCGCAGCGAAAGCUAACCCGCCCGAGCUCGACCGCAAAGCAAAAACGAUCGUUCUGCCCUCUCUCAGUGCUGGCUACAUCUCACCCGGGUCCGACGACGACAUGUUUUCAGAUGAGGAAGGAAGAAGAGGACCUGCGUCCGCCAAGCCUCGUAAAAACCGACGAGGACAGCGCGCCCGGCAAAAAAUCUGGGAGCAAAAGUUCGGCAAGAAAGCUACUCAUAUUGCAAAGGAAGAGGCUGCUCGUAAGGCUAAAGAAGAAGAAAAGCAGAGGAAAUAUCUUGAGCGACGCGCGAGGAGGGAGAUGGAGAGUAACGCGGGUAAUGCUAAUAAUACUCCGUUGGGUGAACCUGGCAAGAAGGAGGCGAAGAGCGAUAAACCUAUACAUCCAUCGUGGCAAGCGAAGCAGGAUAAGAGCAAGCCGGUGGCGUUUAAGGGCAAGAAGGUUGUUUUUGAAUAGACGACUACACAUGUAUGAUAAUAAUUGAACAUAGUUGUA